UGACGUAUUAGCCUGCCUGUCACUGUGCUGUCAGAGAAUGAAUGUGUACGGCUAGCCGGCUGGUAGCUUUGGAAAUGUUGUCAAUAUCAGAAUGAUAUCGCAGCGGGACAGAGGAGAACUUGCUCGGUUUUAUACUGUCACGGAUCCUAAGAAACACCAGAAAGGCUACACUGUGUACAAAGUCACCGCAAGGAUAAUCUCCAGGAAAAACCCAGAGGAUGUCCAAGAGAUAACAGUAUGGAAGAGAUACAGUGAUUUCCGGAAGCUUCAUCAAAAUCUCUGGCAGCUACACAAGAAUGUAUGUGGCCAGUCGGAGCUGUUUCCUCCCUUUGCCAGAGCCAAAGUCUUUGGUCGUUUUGAUGACUCAGUAAUUGAGGAACGAAGACAGUGCUCCGAGGAUCUGCUACAGUUCUCCGCUAAUAUCCCUGCUCUCUACAGUAGUCAGCACAUCCAAGAUUUCUUCAAGGGAGGUGAGGUCCACGACGGCUCAGAGCUCAUCGGACCAGCUGAGCCCUUUUCUGACUUUCUUGCAGACAGUUUAUCUGACUGCAGCUCUGACGUUCAAAGAGACAUCAGCGGUGCAGAUGAUUUGACGAUCACGUCUGAGUAUGGAGGCCCAUCCAGUGACAGCGACCUGACCUCCCUGGCUGUAGAUACAGACUCUUUGGCUGGGCUGGAUGAUGGCAUGGCCUCAGGCCGCACCUCCCCAAACCAGCCACAGGGGGGAGCCACUAACAUUAGCAGCAGCUGCAGCCCUCGCUUGCCUUCCCUGCACGACCGCCGCACGCCAUCUCCCGCCUCAGUCCCUUCCUCUUCAGCCCCUAACCCAGAGGUCAGCUGGCCAGGCCGGACCCCGCUCUUCUCCGGCAGUCUGAGGAAAACUAGUGGUGGCAACCCAAAGGACGUGAAGUCAGACUACCUAGACAGAGCCAGUGAGCUCAUCUGUUUGGCUGUACAGAAGGAGAAAGAGCAGGACUUCCAGGCAGCUUUCUCCUGCUAUCGCAGUGGAGUGGACCUGCUGCUGCAAGGAGUGCAAGGUGAGCCCAGUCCCACGCGGCGGGAGUCAGUGAAGAAGAAGACCGCAGAGUAUCUGAUGCGUGCUGAACAGAUAUCCAGUCAGCAUCUGAGAAGCAAUAUGGGUCAGGGGUCAACACAGACAGUGGCUUUGGGGGCACAGUGCUGCGCUACCACCAGCAGGGGAGGUCAGCAGAGUCCAUCCGAGGAGCUGAGAGCUUACAGGGUGUUGGGGGUCAUAGAUAAGGUUCUUUUGGUCAUGGACAAGAGAACACAAGAGACGUUCAUCCUGAAAGGUCUGAGGAAGAGUAGUGACUGCGGGCGGACGAAGAGGACCAUCAUGCCUCACUCUUUGCCCCACAUGGUGCAGCUGAGGAAGUUCAUCCUCUCUGAAGACGCGGUUUUCCUUUUGCUGCAGUAUGCCGAAGGUGGGAAGUUGUGGUCUCACAUAGCAAAAUACCUUCGUAAUUCCAGCCCAGAGGAGAGCUUUGACAUCCCUUUCAUCCAGAAGAGCCAUACAGCGGCUGUACAUACUCCACAACACACUGUACCACAGCUGGAUGUAGGUUCAGCCAGCUCUGGUUCUGGGCCAGCCACUUUGUCCGAUUCUGUCUCAGGGCUGAAGAAACAAGGGGAGAACCUCAUCACGUCUCCUCAGAAAGUUGCUCUUCCCCCCAGACUUAUUGAGCAAAUUGGGGCCCAGCCAGACUCAGGAGUCACUUCAGAAGAAGAGUGCACCAACAGUUAUUUGACUCUUUGCAACGAGUAUGAACAGGAGAAGGUAGAACCAGAUGCACUAGAGGAGGAGGAAGAGAGGAGUGAAACGGAAAUGUUGUCACUGGAAGUGCCCAUUGGGACAACCACCACUUCCUCACGUAGCCGCUCGCUGCUUAGCAACGACAGCCUCUCUUCGCCCAUCAGCUCUCAGGAACUUUGCUUUUUCACGGAGUCGUCUGACAAAAGCGGCCACACUCUUGACAAUGAGCAAUACCGGGGCGAGGGACAGGACCACAGUGAAGUCUUCAGUCCUUUGCCAUCCCCUGCUGUGCCUCUGUCUUUGGACCAGUCCAAGCACACGCCAAUGGAGUUCUUCCGUAUCGACAGCAAAGACAGUGCAAGUGAGGUGGCCUGUAUUGAUUUAGGAGAGCGGCACCCCUCUCUAAAGCCCAUCCCUGUCUUUUCUACAUCUGAUCUGGGCUCAGACAUCACUGAAGAUCUUCCUGAGGAGGUCAAGGGCCACAGCUCGGAGUUUUGGGGCUUAGACUGUAGUGAUAAAGGCUCCAAUGAAUCAGUGCCAGUCAUCUCCUUUAAAGAUGCAGUAAUUGAGGAUGAGGGUCACCCACCAGACCUUUUGGUCAACCUGCCUGUAAUGGGUGGGACUGUGGAAUUUUUACAGGAGGAACUGGAGUCUUCAGGAGUAUGUCUGGGCCUUGAGGCCACAGCCUCUCCACAGAAGUUCAUCCAGCCUGAUGUCUUACAGCUUCACAGCCAGACUGAGGAUGAGGAGGACCAGGUACUGGAGCAGGAGCUGUCAUCUUUGUGUACAGCUUCUGCAACAUGUGACACCAGUGUUGCAUCUUCCUCUCCCUUCAACUCACUGUGGGAGGAUUGCAGCUUGGCGUUUGGGCAAGAGGCCUCUGACAAAAUGGUGGUUCAGCCCACAUGCCAAAAUAAUGACCUUCCCCUUGACCUUCCAGUUACUGACUCGCUUAAUGAGAAACUAGAGGCCAGUACAAAAGUAAAUACAGACUUGGUUCCAGACCAAAGUGGCAACAAGACAGGAUCUGUCCGAGCCACAAACAGGACUGAGGCCUGUGCAGCGAUAGAUACUUUAUUAGGACUUGAUGGCGAAUCAUCAAGACUUAUUAGUAAUACAGGUGGCAGUGAAUUUGAUAAAGAAGUAUCUCGGCUGUUCGCGGAGCUGGACGAGCUGUCGUUGGCUGCAUCCCAAGCUCGUAUCCCGGAGGAGUUUGUACGAUGCUGGGCCUCGGAGAUGGUGACAGCCCUGGAUUCUCUGCACCAAGAGGGCAUCAUCUGUCGAGACCUGAACCCCAACAACAUCCUGCUUGACCACCAAGGUCAUGUUCAGCUUACCUACUUUUGUAGCUGGAGCGACGUGGAGGAGUCCUGUGACAAAGAGGCCAUUGCCAAUAUGUACUGUGCACCAGAGGUGGGUGGUAUCAGCGAGGAGACGGCAGCUUGCGAUUGGUGGAGCCUGGGCGCCAUCCUGUUUGAGCUCCUGACAGGCAUGUCACUGCUGCGGUGCCAUCCAGCAGGAAUUGGUCGCCACACUGCGCUCAACAUCCCAGAGUCUGUUUCAGAGGAGGCCAGAUCUCUGCUGGAGCAGCUGCUCCAGUACAACCCAAUGGAGAGACUUGGGGCAGGUGUCGGGGGCGUGGAUGAUAUCAAAUCACACCCUUUCUUUGCCAGGGUGGACUGGCCAAAAUAGACGCUGUGCGUUGUGGGACUGCGGGAAAAACCAGAGUUGCAUGUUUGGAGACUGGCUGUCCUGAAACAAACUCCUUUUCAAACUGAUCACAUAAAUACAGUAAAUACAGUAAAUGCAUUUCUGCAUAUAUUUCUCAUUAUGUGACCGGCCAUUCAGUCCCCAUGUACUUCGUUUUUGUAUGGAAUUUGCCAAGAAGCAGUAUGACCUUCCUCGUAAAUCGCUCAUGUCUUUAUCUCAUAGAGGUUUUACUGUGUAAUGUUUUUGGUGCAGGGAACACUUAACAACAACGUGUGGUGCAAUAAUUUCUACAGUGAGUGAUGAUCCACUACGACAUUGUUGCUUUUGCACUCCUCGUACAGUAGCUGUAAGCCAAAAUGACACGACUGAGAGGUGACAUUUUUUUGUGUGUUUUUUACUGCAUCCACCGAGUACUGCAUGUUUCCCAUUCACUCUGACAUAGACUCAAGUCGCCUUUCAUAAGACCCAUGUGCAAUACACACAAUUUGUAUCCACCUAUUACACUUCUGUCAUUCCUCAUGGAGCCCAUUGAGAUUAGCUGUGAGUGGGACAGGUUGAGCUUUUUAUUUGAUGUGGGGGGUUUGCAGUGUAAUGAGAUCUCAUUUCCUACAACUUGUUUUUUUUUUUCUCCCCCCAACCACUUUUACUGCCAACCAGCCCACGUACGGUAACAGAGAUGGACACUAUGCAAGGUUAAUGAACAAAAUAUUUUAAGGUAGAGAGUUUAUUGUUUAGUGAAGAAUUUAGGUAUGUUACGACUGAAUUAUUUAAUAGAUUAUAGCUGUAAAAGGGCAUGGACAGUGAGUGCGUUUCAUGUGCUCAUUCAUUCAAGACAGGAAGAAAGAAUAACGAAACAGAUCUCUUUUUUAAAUGAGUAUCAGAGGAAACUCUCUGCACUGAACAACCCUGCAUAUUUUGCAUGUGAGAAUAUGAUUUAUGUGAUAUAUUUAAUGCGAUGAAAAAAAACCCUAUCGAACAAUAAUUAAUGAAACGUCAUGUAAAUAUACUUUUUCGAAGGAUGUUGUGCUGAGUGAGAGAUACACCCAGGUCUGGAAGCUUUGAUCAUGUCCCAACAUGUCAAUCACUUACUGCCUCAUCAAUCAAAUCCUUUUUGUUUUUAUCUCAUUGUGUUUGUUUUCGCUAACACGCCACGCAGAUCCUAAUGCUGAUUUUUAAUAAUAUCAGUAACGACUGACUCAUGUGGUAAUCGUUCUCAUGGGUACAUUACAGGCCAUAUAUCGCUUCCUGAGCAUAUAUCAAACGCAUCUUUAACAAUACAUGUAGAUAAUCGACACUUGUAGAUUUGAUGCUGCACUCUGUUUUACUUCACUACGGAUUAAUACAUGUUUAACUGACAGAUUCUGUAAAUUGCCAGGUCCAUAUUCCACAUAUUAACCCCUUUUUAGGACAUUAACAUCACAGUGAGAUCCGAUUUCCUGUUUUCUAUUGAAUGCUCACUUUCUGUCUGUGCUGUACGUCUCUACUGGUCUGUCAGUGCACUCUGGAUAACAAUAAAAAAAAAAAAAACCUGGAUCA